GAGAAGCAUCUCCCUCCACACAGCCCGGACUCCUCACUGCAACCGUGGCCGCGGGAGGAGGACGUGUGCUCGUCUGUCCCCCCCUCCCCACCCUGACUGCAUGUUUCCAGCCACACCGCCUCCCAUCUCUGCAUCUCCUCUCCUGCAGCCCCGGCCCCGACCAUGGACGGCCGGGUCCUCGAGCAUCCUCACGCCCAGUUCGGGGGCUCCCUGGGCGGGCUGGUGGGCUUCCCGUACCCGCUGGGUCCGCACCACCACCACCACCACCACCACCAGCACGUGUACGAGCUGGCCGGCGGGCACCAGCUGCAGUCCGCGGCCGCCGUGCCCUUCUCCAUAGACGGAUUACUGAACGGCUCCGGCCCCGGCGCGCUGCUGUCCUCCGACAGCCCGCAGUUCAAACUCUCAGAUUCCGGGGACCCAGAUAAGGACAGUCCUGGCUGCAAACGGAGACGCACAAGGACAAAUUUCACCGGCUGGCAGCUGGAGGAGUUGGAGAAGGCUUUCAACGAGAGUCACUAUCCGGAUGUGUUCAUGCGGGAGGCGCUGGCACUCAGGCUUGACCUCGUGGAGUCCAGGGUUCAGGUCUGGUUCCAAAACAGACGAGCUAAGUGGAGAAAAAAGGAGAACACAAAGAAAGGUCCAGGGCGGCCCGCUCACAACUCCCACCCAACCACAUGCAGCGGCGAGCCCAUGGACCCCGAGGAGAUUGCACGAAGGGAACACGAGCGGGCCGAGAAGAAGAAGCGGAAACAGGAGAGGAAGCUGCUGAAGUCACAGAAUAAACUUCUCGCAGGUGAAAGUUUCCACACACCUGGAGGCUCAGAGAGUGACAGCGGGGUCUCGCAGUUCACCGACAGCGAGCAGCAGCCUUCGAGCGUUAAUGGGAGCGUUAAUGAAUCCAGCUGUGACCAAACAAGACAUGACUUCAGUCCCUUUCAAAAUCUCCAAAACCAAAGAACCACAGGAGAACCGGAGCAGGUCUCUCCGGGCAGCACACACAGCUCUAGUCCUGGAGGUCCGAGGUCUUCAGCCCUCCAGAAACGAAACCCUUUCAGCGUGGAGAGCCUCCUCUCCGACACCAUGCCUAGACGAAAACCCCAGCUGGACUUUCCCUCACUGCCCAAUCAGAGAACACUUGUGGGUAAAGGCCACUUCUUGCUUUAUCCCAUUACUCAUCAGCCUUUGGGCUUUUUAGUGCCCCAAACAGCCCUGAAGGCCACACCAAGUCAGGACAACAUUAACAGACUCAGCCUGGGACAAAGGUGUGCGCCAAGUGAGGGCAGCCCGGCUCCCUCCGACCUCUCCAGCGUUGGCAUUAUGGCCAACCCUUUGAACUCGGACCAUAUGGAACAUAACAUGCAUCAUCACCACAAUCACAUUAGCAAAAGAAUAGAUGGCAGCGACCGGGAGGAAUGUGGUGGCGACUGCAGCAAUGCCAGACUCCCCGUUUCUCCUCCAGAAGACAGUGGGGCUCAGGCAGCUUUGGCCAGGCUGAGCUCCACGCAGCCCGGCGACACGAGCGAGGACGGGAGUCGGAAAGUUCAAACGGAGGCGGUGACCAAUGGCUGUCAAUCUGCCGAGGAAGAACGAGAGGAACAAACGUCUCCAGACCUCCCCGAGUGUCUCAAGGCAAACACAGACUGUCAAGAAAGGCACGGGACAGAUGGAGAGGAUGUCGAUAUGGACUAACACUUUGAAGGAGCAAACAAAAACAACGGACGUGGAACAAUGCUCAGUCUAGUCAAACAUUCCCAAAGCUCUGCUGAGACACUCUAAAACAUAUCAGGAAUCAGGAGUCUUAAUCCUCACCUUUUCCUUUUUUUUAAAUCAUGAUGUGUGCUGAAAGGCCGUGGCCAUAUUCACACUCCGACCUGUGGACACCUUUAGAAGCAGGUCUCUCCCUUUUCCUUUUCUCGGUCUUCUUUUUGGUGAACAAAUUGUAACAAAAACUUGGCUACAAUACACAUCUUACACACAACAGAAAUCCUCAGAUAUUGUAAAAAAAAAAAAAA